AUGUUCAUACUCGCCGUCUGUUUCUCUGGGACCGUAUCGCUGGCGCCAAAUUCCCUGUCGACUCUGGUGCCGAGGUUAGCGUGGUUCCACCAACUCCGGCCGAACGCAAAAACCGCAGCUCUCUGUCUAACAGCUGCCAACAACUCCAGCAUCCCCACCUUUGAACAGCCCUCCAUCACACUUGAUUUGGGCCUUCGUCGGAUUUUCCGAUGGGUUUUCAUUAUUGCUAACGUUUCCGUCGUCCUCAUAGAUGCCAAUUUCCUAGCUCACUUCAAUCUACUAGUUGAUUCGAGGAAUCGCCGACUCGUCGACUGCAUCACCAACCUUCAUGCCCAUUGUCAAUCCGAUGUGAACCCCUGCGUCAACCCUCUCACUGUUAUGCCUAUCUCUGACUGCCCUUUCUACUCACUCUUCAGGCAGUUCCCCCGCCUGAUCAACCCCGCAUUUCAUGAAGUGGACAUCAAACACAUAGUCACCCACCACAUUUCCAUCACUGGACCUCCCAAAUCUUGCCGACCACGUCGUCUGGCUCCGGACCGUUUGAAGAUUGCCAAAGCAGAGUUCGAACACAUGCUUUAGCUCGGCAUCACCCAACAGUCCGACAGCUGCUGGGCAUCACCCCUCCAUCUUGUCCCAAAGAAGAGCGGCGACUGGCGACCGUGUGGUGACUAUCGGGCGUUGAACUCAGUCACUGUCUCCGACCAGUAUCCCGUCCCGCCCAUCUAAGACUUCACUCUUUCGCUGCAUGGUAAGCGAAUAUUCUCCAAGAUUGACCUAGUAGAUGCCUACCACCAAAUCCCGAUUGAGGCCAGUGAUGUGUCGAAGACUGCAGUGACUACGCCCCUUGGGUUAUUUGAAUCCAGUUGCGUGCCCUUUGGUCUGAGGAACGCCACUGAAACCUUCCAGAGGUUCAUUGAUCAGGUGUUGUGAGGUUUUGACUUCGUCUACGCCUACGUUGGUGUUUUGUUGGUGGCUAGUUCUGACGCUGCUGAACACGAGGUUAUUCUUCGACAACUCUUCGAACGGCUCGACUCCUUCGGCGUUGUAAUCAAUGCUGGUAAAUGUGAGCUUGGUGUCCCCAGCCUAAUCUUCUUGGGUCACGAAUUGAACUCUGAUGGGAUAAAACCCGUCCCGGAAAAGGUUUCGGCCAUAUCAACGUUCCCCGUUCCAACAACCAUAAACCAACUACGCCGCUUUUUGGAGAUGGUGAAUUACUAUCACCGUUUUCUUCCCCAUGCUGCCACCAUACUGCAGCUACUCAACAGCCUUUUGGCUCACUCCAAGAAGACACUGGUGAUGGCCGAGGAGACCGUCAGGUCCUUCAAUGAUGUCAAGGCCACACUUGCGGACACAACAUUGUUUUCCCAUCCUCGCUCAGAUGCUCAGCUAACUCUCAUGACAGAUGCUUCCAGCACUGCUGUUGGUGCAUCACGUCAGCAAACUGUUAGUGGUAUUCUGCAGCCUCUGGCUUUCUUCUCGAAGAAGCACAGCCCAGCAGAGACUCGAUAA